CUUCUGAUCUUGCAUCUGGGAGAUGAAAGAGACCGACAACAGCUGAACAUGUGGACCAUCGUAAUAAUAAUCCUUUCCUCUUCGACACUAACUCAGGUCAGAGCCUUUAUUUCAUCAUGUGAAAUCAUGAAAAUUAUGACAACAGAAGAAGAGCACUGCAGUUUGGUCCUCUCCAAGGAAGAAGUGAAUGCGACAGCUGGAAAAGAAUCGCUCGGGAGUUCGGACAGAUGCCUUGGAAUGUGGGAUAAUAUAACCUGCUGGCUGUCUUCUUCCAUUGGGCAAACAGUUAGCGCUCCUUGCCCCAAAGCCUUCCAAAUGGUAACUGGGAAAACAGGGUUUAUAUAUCGUAACUGCACCAAGGAUGGCUGGUCGGAAAAAUAUCCAAGACCCUACAUUGCUUGUGGUUUAAAUGUGGAAGAGAUUAAUGCCCCUAUAGUUGCGUGGCAGCGUAGGGUGUCUUACCUGAGGAAGUUGGAGAUUGUGUACACCAUCGGAACCAGCGCUUCUCUGGUGGCGCUGACAAUUGCCUUGGGCAUUCUGGGUUCUUUCAGAAGGCUUCGUUGUACGAGAAAUUUCAUCCACAUGCAGCUCUUUGCAUCGUUCAUUUUGCGAGCUUUGGCAAACUUCAUCAGAGAUCCUGUCCUGUCUGAAGACACUGACGAUACAGUCUACUGUGAGUUACACAUGGGCCGAUGUAAGAUUAUCAUGGUCUUCAUUAACUUCUGUAUCAUGGCUAACUACAGCUGGCUUCUUGUGGAAGGGCUUUACCUUCAUACCUUGCUGGUGAUGUCUUUCUUCUCCGAAAGAAAGUUCUUCUGGUGGUUUGUGGUUCUGGGAUGGGGCACUCCAACUUUCUUUGCAAUUGCAUGGGUCAUGGCCAGACUAUUACAUGAAAAUGUUGGAUGCUGGGAUACUCAUCUUACAUAUGCCCGGUGGCUCAUUCAAGGCCCUGUGGUAGUUUCUAUUGUUAUCAAUUUUGUUUUGUUUGUUAAUAUUGUGAGGAUUCUAAUGAGCAAACUUAGAUGGCCAGAUGGAAGGAACAAGGAUUCCAGUCAAUACAAGAGACUCACUAAAUCCACACUCAUCCUCAUCCCUCUCUUUGGAGUCCAUUACAUCAUAUUUGCUUUCUUCCCUUUUGAUACCACAAACGGCACCAUGGAGAUUCAGGCUCUGUUUGAAAAAGCCAUCGGAUCUUUCCAGGGCUUUGCUGUGGCUGUGCUUUACUGUUUUCUUAAUGGAGAGGUCCAGCAGGAGAUUCACAGAAAAUGGCGGCAGUGGCACUUAAGAAAACACAUUCAUUCGCAGAAGCAUCACAGCUGCACAUUUCCUAAUGAUGUCAGUGGAUUCACCCAGGUGCUGCAGCUGAUGAAGCCCAGCCCCCAGGAGGAAAGGGGACCUUCUGCCCCAAAUCUGAGUCAAUUGUGAUGGAUCUUGUGCAGGAAAGAACUAAUUGCUCACUUGGAGGGAACUGGAAAGCUCAAGAAUUGAGAUUAUGGAUCUGAAAGCUAAAUUUGCCCCUUAAUUAGCUCUGCACGGAGUCUGGCUUUGUCUGCGCCCAGAAUCUUUAUUAUCCCCUGGAGGAUUUUUUUU